UUAUAUCAAACCUCUUUGCAUUAAAGUGUGGAUCUGUCUUCUCAGCUGUGCUGUGUUGAGGACACUCAGUAUACCAAAUAAUGAAGUGAAUUUACUGGAUUCUCGCUCCGUGAUGGGUGACCUCGGAUGGAUAGCCUACCCGAAGAACGGGUGGGAAGAGAUCGGAGAGGUGGACGAGAACUACGCCCCCAUCCACACGUACCAGGUGUGCAAGGUGAUGGAGCACAACCAAAACAACUGGCUGCAGACCAACUGGAUCCUGAACGAGGGCGCGCAGCGCGUCUUCGUGGAGCUCAAGUUCACGCUGCGCGACUGCAACAGCCUUCCCGGCGGCCUGGGCACCUGCAAGGAGACCUUCAACAUGUACUUCUACGAGUCCGACGACGAGGAGGGCCGCAACGUGCGCGAGAGCCAGUACACCAAGAUCGACACCAUCGCCGCCGACGAGAGCUUCACCGAGCUGGACCUGGGCGACCGGGUCAUGAAACUGAACACGGAGGUGCGGGACGUGGGCCCGCUGACCCGGAAGGGCUUCUACCUGGCCUUCCAGGACCUGGGCGCCUGCAUCGCCCUGGUGUCCGUCCGCGUCUUCUACAAAAAGUGCCCUUUUCUCGUGCGCAACCUGGCCCUCUUUCCGGAUACGAUAACUGGGUCGGACUCCUCGCAGCUCCUGGAGGUGUCGGGGGCUUGUGUCAACAACUCGGUGGCUGAGGACGUACCCAGAAUGCACUGCAGCGCAGAAGGGGAGUGGCUGGUGCCCAUCGGGAGGUGUGUGUGCCAGGCGGGCUUUGAGGAGGUUAAUGGCUCCUGUCAAGUGUGUAAGCCCGGCUUCUACCGGUCGGCUCUGCAGACCCAGAGCUGCAGCAAGUGCCCGCCCCACAGCUUCACCCGCGUGGAGGCCUCCACCGCCUGCCAGUGCGAAGACGACUACUACCGACGCGACUCGGACCCCGCCAACCUGGCCUGCACAAAGCCUCCAUCGGCGCCGCGUAACGCCAUCUACGUGAACGAGACCAGCGUGCUCCUGGAGUGGACGCCGCCGGAGGAGACGGGCGGCCGCAAGGACCUGAGCUACAGCAUCGUGUGCCGCAAGCUGACCGCCACUAGCGGCGGGGGGGUCCCCUGCGGGAGCCACGUCCGCUACCUGCCCCAGCGCACCGGCCUGCACAGCUCCGUCACCGUGGCCGACCUGCUGGCCCACACCAACUACACCUUCGAGGUGGAGGCGCUCAACGGCGUGUCGAGCUGCUCGCCGCUACGCCACUUCGUCUCGCUCAACGUCACCACCAACCAGGCCGCUCCGUCGCCCAUCACCGUGGUGAAGAAAGGCCAGACGGGCAACAGCAUCGCCUUGUCCUGGCAGGAGCCCGACCGCCCCAACGGCAUCAUUCUCGAAUACGAGAUCAAGUACUUCGAAAAGGAUCAGGAGACCAGCUACACCAUCAUCAAGUCCAAGGAGACGGCCAUCGUGGCGGACGGCCUGAAGCCCUCGUCGGCGUACAUCUUCCAGAUCCGAGCUCGGACGUCGGCGGGCUACGGCGGCUUCAGUCGGCGCUUCGAGUUCGACACCAGCCCUUACCUAGCGGCGUCCAGUGAGCAGGGCCAGGUCCCCAUCAUCGCCGUGGCCGUGACCGUCGGAAUCAUCCUGCUCGCACUCGUCACCGGCUUCCUCCUCAGCGGACGACGUUGUGGCUACAGCAAGGCUAAACAGGACCCCGAGGAGGAGAAAAUGCAUUUCCACAAUGGCCACAUCAAGUUCCCCGGAGUGCGCACAUACAUUGAUCCUCACACCUACGAGGACCCCAACCAGGCCGUCCACGAGUUUGCCAAAGAGAUUGACGUAUCGUGCAUCACCAUCGAGAGAGUGAUCGGCGCCGGUGAGUUCGGAGAGGUGUGCUGCGGUCCACUCAGGCUUCCCGGGAAGAGAGAGUUCCCGGUGGCCAUCAAGACGCUGAAGGCCGGCUACACGGAGAAGCAGCGGCGGGACUUCCUGGGCGAGGCCAGCAUCAUGGGCCAGUUCGACCACCCCAACAUCAUCCACCUGGAGGGAGUGGUCACUAAGAGUAAACCUGUGAUGAUCAUAACAGAGUACAUGGAGAAUGGAUCUCUGGACACAUUCCUGAGGAAAAACGACGGGCAGUUCACGGUGAUCCAGCUGGUGGGGAUGCUGCGGGGCAUCGCGUCCGGCAUGCGCUACCUCUCGGACAUGGGCUACGUGCACCGCGACCUGGCCGCGCGCAACAUCCUGGUCAACAGCAACCUGGUGUGCAAGGUGUCCGACUUCGGGCUGUCGCGCGUGCUGGAGGAUGACCCGGAGGCGGCCUACACCACGCGGGGUGGUAAGAUUCCCAUCCGGUGGACGGCCCCUGAGGCCAUUGCUUACCGCAAGUUCACCUCGGCUAGCGACGUAUGGAGCUACGGCAUCGUCAUGUGGGAAGUGAUGUCGUACGGCGAGCGACCAUACUGGGAGAUGAGCAAUCAAGACGUGAUCAAGGCGGUUGAGGAGAACUACAGGCUGCCGGCGCCUAUGGACUGUCCGACGGCGCUCUACCACCUCAUGAUGGACUGCUGGCAGAAGGACCGCAACAGCCGGCCCAAGUUUGAGGAGAUCGUCAGCCUGCUGGACAAGCUCAUCCGCAAUCCUAGCAGCCUCAAGACGCUUGCUAACUGCUCCAACAGGGUGUCCAAUUUAUUAGUGGAGCAGGAGAGCGGCGAGUGCGCAGUCUACCGAUCUGUAGGGGAAUGGCUGGAGGCCGUAAAGAUGGGUCGAUACGCAGAGCUGUUCAUGGAAAGUGGAUACACCUCGAUGGAAGUGGUCGCACAGAUGACCUUGGAUGACCUGAGGAGAGUGGGGGUGAAUCUCGCUGGGCACCAGAAGAAGAUCCUGAACAGCAUCCAGGAGAUGAGAGUUCAGAUGAUUAACGUGGCAGUGCCAAUCUGAUGCCACGUCCCCG